GCCCCCUAUUAUUUUAACACCCAUAUAGUAAUUUGUGUGGUAAUACAUAAGAUUAGACAUAUAAAAAGGGCCACCCAAAAUAGACAUUGAGCUCCAUCUUCCACCGUCUACUUACCAUUUUUCUUGUCUCGAGAACUCCAUUUCCCCAUAACACCCCUUUUGGAGCUUCUUUGUUCCUCUUAAAAAUCUCUCACUAGCUCUAUUAAUAUUCUUGAAAAGACGGGAACAAGAAUUUCUUCAUAACUAGUUCAAAGAUCUUGGCACAAAACAAUCAUGGCUACUGCUUUUGUACUGUGUUUAAUAGUUUUCUUGGCUUUCACUGGUUACUCAAGUGGUGCUAAUUACUGUUUAUGCAAAGAUGGGGUAGGAGACAGCCUUAUGCAGAAGAGUAUAGAUUAUGCUUGUGGAAAUGGAGCUGACUGUACUGGUAUCCUUCAAAAUGGACCUUGUUACAACCCUAACACUAUCAAAGAUCACUGUAGCUAUGCUGUAAAUAGCUAUUAUCAGAGGAAAGCUGCAACUGGUGCAACCUGUGACUUUUCUGGAACUGCAACUCUAAGUUCAAAUCCACCAUCUUCAUCUACUUCUGGAUGUUAUCAGACAACUCCUGGCAACACUGGUGGAGGUACCACAACUGUACCAGGAACCACAACUCCAGGGACCGGCACCGGCACCAGCACUGGGACCGGCACCGGCACCGGCACGGGAACUACAACAGGUAUUAACAAUCCUACUUUUGGGCUAGGACCAACAGGAAGUGGUGGCUUCAAUCCAGAUGGCAGCGGCACAGAAACUCUUCAUAAAAAUACUGUCUUUUUCACUAUAGCCAUUUUGUUUACAAGCUUGGUAUGCUUAAGAAAAUGAUGAACGUGAGGCAGUAAAUGAAGGGAAGGAAAGGUUUGAGAAGAUAAUGUGGGCUUUUGGCACAAAGUAUGGGGUAGCCAUUUACAAUGGUCAGCAGGGGAGAAUCAUCUGGACACACUUCCACUUGGACUUUUUCUUUUUAUUUCUUUCUUUCUUUUUGUUUGUUUUCUUCUUGUUCUUUAUCUCCAUCUUCUUAGCGAGUGAAAAAGUUUGGAAUUAGAUUCCCUUUUGAAGUGAUGUGGCUGUUUCUGGGGUAGUAAUGUAGGAAGAAUCUGAUCUCUUCUUUUUAGAUUUUCCUUUUUGUAUAUCUGGAGAGUAGAAGACAUAAGGCUGUAUUGUUUAUUUUAGAGAUGUUAUCAAUGAGUACUCACUACCCUACCCCUGUGGUGAUAUUAGUGCAUCUCUGUAUUAAAAUAUAACCCCCUUCUAGUUCCCUGUC